CGACCCCCGAUCCGCCCGACCCUUCUUCCCUUCGCUUGUGACUCGUGAGGAGCCAAACAGGGAAACCCUUCCUGGCGCCUGCUCGCCUGCCGUUGCAUUUAAACCCCCCCUCAUCGCUUCGGGGAUUUUACACAAGGGAAGGGACGCCGCCACCCCUGUCGAGGUUGCUUUGCUCGCCGUCGCCGCCGUCUGCAAACCUCGCAGCCGCCGCAGCACAGCACGGCGUGCUCCAUGGCGGACGCGGCUCGCCUCUUCCUGCUGGUGGCGGUCGCCGCCGCGCUCGCCGGCCGCUCAGACGGCGCCUGGUGCGUGUGCCGCUCGGACCUCGGGGACAGCGCGCUGCAGAAGACGCUCGACUACGCGUGCGGCGCCGGCGCCGACUGCAAGCCCAUCCUGCAGAACGGGCCCUGCUUCGCCCCGGACACCGUCAGGGCGCACUGCUCCUACGCCGUCAACAGCUUCUACCAGCGCAACAACCAGAACGCGCAGGCAUGCGUCUUCUCCGGCACCGCCGUGCUUUCCAGCACCGACCCGAGCGGCAAUGGCUGCACUUACCCUGCAACCUCAAGCGCCGCUGCUACAAGCAAUGGUGGUUCGCCUGGCGUUUACAGCCCCCCGACGAUGGGCCCGUCAGCCCUCAACGACAACAGCGGCGUGGGUGUUCUCCCGGUGGCUGGAGUCGCUGCUCAACUGGUGAUCCUAGCCUCCUCGCUCAUGGCUCUCUGCCUGAGCGCGUGAUCACGGCGCCGAGACGAGACGCCCCUACGCCGCACUGUGUCGGGCGUCUUGUUUGUUCAACUUUUCUUCUAGUGGCAGGCAGACGGAACCCUAUUGAUGGCACCGCGUUCAGGCGAAGAACUAGGUUUGGAUGACCCGCAUUGUGGUUGCUGCAAUUUCCAUUCACUUUUCUCUGCUGUAAAAUCUUAGAUUGUAGGAGGGAAAUGUUGACUUGAGGACGUGGUGUUUAAUCGGGUGUUUAGGAGGGAAAUGUUAAGUUGCCUGAGUUGUCUGAUGUUGCCUUUACAUCUGUUUGCCCUGA